UUACAGGGCGUCGUUCAGCGGAGGGCUACCAUGUGAUGCGGCGGCGCGAUGCCCACUGUGUCCUUGGCGCGUGAGCAUCCGAGUCCCGGCGGCACCCGCACUGAUACCCCCACAGGCCCUCCAGGACGCUCUGACGCUGACGCCCCAGCAGAGAUGAGUCCAGAACAGGAGGCCAGUCCGCCGCCGGCCGCACCAGGUGCUUCGCCGCCGCCCCCACCACCACCUCCCCCCUCUUCCGCGACUCGGUUGGCCUCGACCUCGCCACAUCAGGAGGGUGCCACCUCGGACGUGGAGCAGUUCUCGGGGAAGAUCGUCUAUAACCCGGAUGGCUCCGCCUACAUCAUCGAGGAUUCGGAGAGCGAGGGGGAGGCGCAAACGGGUCUAGGGGGCGGGCAGAUGCCGCCGGCGACGGCCGCCUCGCAGGCGGACGUGCCUGUAGUGCCCGCCCCCUUGCAGGCGGUCUACGUGUCCAGGCUCAUGCAUGGCAAAUCAGGUAUGCGGCAACCAGCUCAUCCAACGGAACUGCCGGCGGUGCACAGCUACCGCGUGGUGGCGCUGCGAGACGCGCGGCCUCCUCGGCCAGCUUCGGUGCCCGUCAAGCCCAUCCUGAUGUGCUUCGUAUGCAAGCUCAGCUUCGGGUUCGCAAGGUCGUUCGCCAACCACGCGCAGGCCGAACAUGGCGUCACGCUGAAGGAGAACGAAAGGGAAGUCCUGGCUGCUGAUUGCUCUGCCAUUUUGCAAUGCGUGGGGGUGGACAAGAGGCCCAUGGUGUCGCUUCUCGAACCGCUCGUGCACGACCCGCAACACCACCACGCAUCCAAUCAAAUAGUUCCUGUUCAUACUGUACAAAAUCGAAACGAAGGUCCGUCGCCUGUCUGCGAGACCCCGCCAUGUUCCUCUUCCCGGACGACACCGGGUAAAUCUCCGUCACCGCCGUUCGCCACGCCACCUGCCUUCAUGACCGGCCCUGCCGGUUUGGCCAACGUGCAUAGCAGAAAUUCAUGUAAAACGCUUAAAUGUCCUAAAUGCAACUGGCACUACAAGUAUCAGGAAACCCUAGAAAUUCAUAUGAAAGAAAAGCACCCAGAAGCUGAAACUAGUUGUAUUUACUGCAUAGCAGGCCAGCCCCAUCCGCGGUUAGCACGAGGCGAAACUUACACGUGUGGGUACAAGCCGUACCGAUGCGAAGUGUGCAACUACUCAACUACCACCAAAGGCAAUCUCAGUAUACACAUGCAAUCCGAUAAACAUUUGAACAACAUGCAGGAAUUACAAAAUGGCGGAGCGCCUAAUCAAGAAACCCGUCAAGCCUCGCCCAAGGCUCCGCCUUUACACCACUCGCCUGUCAGCAGUGGUCACAAACCUAAACCUAGCUUCAGGUGCGACGUGUGCAACUAUGAGACGAACGUCGCCAGGAACUUGAGGAUACACAUGACCUCGGAAAAACACACACAUAACAUGUUGGUGUUACAACAAAAUGUGAAACAUAUGCAAACGUUGUCAGCACUACAUCACCAGCAGCAUCCUCAGCAGCACAUGGAAAGCUUGUAUGGAAUGUACCCUGGACUAGGCGACAAACCUGAAGCUGCUCUGGCUGAUAUGGCAUACAACCAGGCAUUGCUUAUACAAAUGAUGACUGGUGGACAGAUUCCUGGACAUGGAGGUCCCGCGGAUAUGUCUGCGCAUUCCGACCUGGGACUGAAUCCUGAAACGAUGGAACCACCUCCUGAACCUGCGGAUCCAGACCCCGACAAGAUAUUUCAAUGCUGUGUCUGUAAUGUGUUCCAAACUGAUAGCUUAGAAGAGCUAGGUAGGCACUUGGCGCUGGAUCGAACGAGACUGCGGGAACAAGAGAUCCUAGCUGUGGUAGCUGGCCAUUAUGUCUGCAAGCUAUGUACAUACAAAACUAACUUGAAAGCCAACUUCCAACUGCACUGUAAGACUGAUAAACACCUUCAAAGGCUUCAACACGUGAACCACGUAAAAGAAGGCGGCCCUAGGAACGAAUGGAAGCUGAAAUACGCUUCGGCACCUGGAGGCGUUCAAAUCCGCUGCAACGCCUGCGACUACUACACGAACUCCGCGCACAAGCUUCAGCUUCACGCAGCUGCUGGAAGACACGACGCGGGAGUGGCGCUGUUGAGGCACCUGCUAGAGAGAUGCUCCGUAUUGAGUCCGAACCAAGCACGAGUAUUCCAUUGCUCGCUGUGUGGGUUCUCCUCGACAAACCGACUACCUCUGCUGCAACACGUCCGAUCACUAAAACAUCUACAUAUGGAGCAGCUGCAUCAGCUUCAAAGGAGAGCUGAAGGGAAGGAGAAUUCACCGGAGAUCGGGGAAGUUUUUCACGUCGUACCUGCACCUAUCGAUCACCAACAGCAUCAACACCAGCCGCACCAAAUGACGCAAGAACGUCGAGACAGCGUAAACUCGGAGCAAAGCCAACACGACUCAUCGCGAGAUCAUGUCAAGUCGGAGCCUCAUGAGGAGAUGGAGGAUCAACCAAGCACUGAAGCUGGAUCGCAACAACACGUUUGUCCCUUUUGUGAGUACUCUAGCGAAUCCGAAAUGCGAAUCCAAGCGCACGUUUUAGCUCAACAUGGCGCUAAUAAUGCUCCACCACCUCAAGAACAACCACUCCUCCACUGUCCAUUGUGUCAAGACGCGUUCAAGGACAGAUCAAAUUUGGAGCGUCACGUCAUGCAGAUCCAUUCAGUAAAUAGUGAAGGUUUGCAAAGGUUGUUGAUGCUAGUUGAUCAAAGCCAUUGGCUCAAUCAGUCAUCGAGAACCCCAACUCCUAAUACAUCAAUGCAGAUGCAACAGACGGUAUCGCCUACAUCCGUGUCUUCCAAAGAAUCGAAUAAGUUCGAGAAGAGCGAUCCUAGUCAUCCAGACACCGAACCUGACCUUCUAUCACCAACCAGUGAUGACAAUCCCGAAGAGUCUGAACGAUGUGGAACAUGUUUCAAGACAUUUCGGAACAUCGACGAGCUCUGCUACCACCAGAACGAGACUGGACACCUCGAGAUCAAGCAAACACCAAGCGGUCCCGGGUACGUCUGCUGGAAGAAAGGCUGCAACCAGUUUUUUCCAACAGCGCAUACUCUCCAGAUGCAUUUCAAGGAAGUACACGCCAAAAAUUCGAUCGCGAAUAUGUCGGUGUCGGAGAAACACGUCUACAAGUACCGAUGCAACCAAUGCUCUCUAGCUUUCAAGACUUUGGAGAAACUGCAACUUCACUCGCAGUAUCAUAUGAUCAGAGAUGCCACCAAGUGUGUUUUGUGCGGACGCAGCUUUAGGUCGCUAGUGGCCUUGCACAAACAUGUUGAAAGCGUUCACUCUGAGUUGACUGAUGAGGAACUGAAUGCCUACAAGACGAGUCUAAUGAAUAAUCCAUUGCUGUUGGCAGGAUUGCAAGGGCAGGUGUUGGACAGCUCAACCAAUGAAAUACUGAAAAAAGAGUCCAUGCGUAGCGAAGAAGAAUCCGGAGAAUGUGACGACAGCAAAGAACUGAGUACAAGUCAGUCAUUAGACGAUAGCAAUCAGAACGAAGGCGAAAAUUCAGAUGACAGCAUAAUAUACAAAGAUCAGCAGUUCCUGGAAGAUUACCUGAACUCGCAGGCAAUCGCCGAGGAUAGUUACAAUGACCCAAAUAGAAAAUAUAAAUGCCAUCGGUGUAAAGUAGCGUUCACAAGACAAAGCUAUUUAACCGCUCACAAUAAAACCCUUUUGCACCGAAAAGGUGAGAAACUUAGCUACCCUAUGGAGAAAUACCUGGACCCGAACCGCCCUUACAAAUGCGACGUCUGCAAGGAGAGUUUCACACAAAAAAAUAUCCUCCUUGUUCAUUAUAACUCGGUGAGUCAUUUGCAUAAACUGAAGCGCGCCAUGCAAGAGCAGCAAAAUAAUAAUAACAAUCCGCCUAUAUCGCCGAUAACCAGCGGGGCGCAACCACAGAAUCUGACGUUAACCCCAAAAAGUACAUCAUCGGAAGAGGAUGAUAAGAAGAAAUACCGGUGUAAUAUCUGUAAAGUGGCCUACACGCAAGGUAGCACGCUGGACAUCCAUAUGCGUAGUGUCCUGCACCAAACGAGGGCGAGCAAGUUGCAAGAUUUGGCGAUGGCCGGACAGAUAGACCUGACAAAACCAUUAAUCGAGCAGCCCGAUGCCAUGCAGUCUCCGAAACAGCCAAGCCCGUCGCCAGGUAGUGGGGACAAACAACCCUCUCCUACCACCCCACCAUCACCUGGCCUCUCAGGUAGCCAGCAACAGACGCAAGGGAUGAUGAGCCCGAGUUGUCCGAAGUGCGGCGUGCAGUUCACCUCGCAAGAACAGCUGAGCGCUCAUCAGCAGUUGUAUUGCCUGUUCGCCUCGCCUAUGGCGAUCUUACAAGGUACGCCGGAACCGGGUCAGGCGAGAUCUCCACCACCUGGCAUCACGGAUCAGGACGCUGCUGCAGCCGCAAUUCGGAUGAACUUGCCCAGGAAGACGGGCUCGCACAUGUACAAACACCUACUGGAGAGCUUCGGGUUCGAUCUCGUGAUGCAAUACAAUGAAACGCACCAGCGAAGACAAAGGCAGCAGCGCGAAGCAGAAGAAAAGGCUGCCAGCGAAGCGAGUACUCCUCCACCUCCCAAGGAAGAGGAGCCGGCCAGUGUUUUUGAAGCAGCAGCGGUUGCUGCGACAGUGUGCGAAGUGACUGAAACUACCAAGCAGACCACCGAAGAAGAUGUCACGGAUAACGACCUACCCGAAGUAAGUAAAUCUACGUGCCAACAUUGCAAUAAAGAGUUCUCUAGUGUGUGGGUGUUAAAAUCUCACUGUGAAGAAGUUCAUAAAGAUUUAGUGCCACAUGAAUUCUUAGAAAAGUAUGCUCAACAGUUCAAAAACGAGUACGAAAAGAAAACCGUGGUGGUGACAGCGGCGACGUCAUCAACCGUGAACACGGCUCCAAGGUCCACGACGCCCGGGGGGCCGACGCCCACGACAACAGCCGUGCCGUCGUCUACGAGUCCCGUCGAGAAUACUCCGACCCCAGAAAAGGAGGAUGAGUCCAAGGAGCAAUUGCACCAGAAGCUCAACAUCCCUCCUGAAGCCCCAUCCACGCCGACGUCUUCCACCACUCCGGCAAGUAGUACGGACUCCUUGCCAGCCAAUAUCCAGGCCAUGAUCGCGCAAAGCAUGGCCCAGAACCCGAUGGCCUUGGCCCAGCAGAUGUCCGAGAUGCAGGCCGCGUUGAACGUGAUGCAAUUGCAACAGUUGAACUUCAGUCCCAUGAUGCAAAUGAUGGGGAUGGGGCUUCCUCUGGGCUUGAAUGCGCUGGCCGCGAUGAAUCUACAGCCCCCAUUGGUGCCGCUUAUGAUGCCUCCGCCGCCCUAUGAUCCAAUCUCCCAGUUUGGGCCCCAGGACCAGCAGUUGUUGGCCAAGCAGCAACAGGCGAUGAUGCAGCAGCAAGCGGCCGUCAACGCUGCAGCCAAUCAGAAACGAGCACGAACCCGCAUCACCGACGAUCAACUGAAAAUCCUAAGAGCCCACUUUGACAUCAACAACUCACCGUCUGAAGAGCAAAUCCAUGAGAUGGCGUCUCAGAGUGGCCUGCCUCCCAAGGUCAUUAAGCACUGGUUCCGUAACACGCUUUUUAAGGAACGUCAGCGCAACAAGGACAGUCCUUACAACUUCAAUAAUCCCCCUUCUACCACUUUGAACUUGGAGGAGUACGAGAAGACUGGCGAGGCAAAGGUCAUGCCUUUGAACAGCUCCGGCGGUAGUAGCGAGGAAAGUAAACCUAUCAAGGACUCUCCUCAUCAGUCUCAGAACGAAAUUAAGACCGAGAUGAAAGAGGAACCUGUUGAUGAGCACCCUCCACCAAAAUAUGAAGACAAACCACAAGAAAGUAACGAAGAAAAACCUAAUGUGUUUAACCUGCCUUUAAAUCUGCAGCCGCCACAUAGUCCUGUGACGUCGAUUGCCAGCUCUGACAACCAAAGUGUCUCGCAACCAAGUACGCCUAAUAACCUCACUCUCACGUCAAUCAUAGCAUCCCAACUUGGUGACACGAUCACAACAAGCACACCAACCAUGAACAUGACUAGCAUGAGUACUCAUCAUGGACUAAGUAGCCCAAUGUUACCACCACCAAAGUUGAAUCAACAAAACUUCCCUAACCCAAAUAACCUGCAAGGAAUGCUGCCUCUUACGCCCAAUAGGUGCUUGAGCCCAAGCAGGGAGUACAGCAAUCCUGGAAGUAACUCCGGAUCUACAGGGAAACGAGCUAAUAGGACAAGAUUCACUGACUACCAAAUCAAGGUUCUCCAAGAAUUCUUCGAGAAUAAUGCCUACCCAAAAGACGAUGAUCUCGAAUACCUCUCCAAGCUGCUGAGUCUCAGCCCAAGGGUGAUAGUUGUAUGGUUCCAAAAUGCUAGACAAAAAGCUCGGAAAGUGUAUGAAAACCAACCCGCAGCCGACCCCGUACCAGGUAUCCCAGACGAAAGUGGAGCUAACAGAUUCCAGCGAACUCCAGGCUUGAACUACCAGUGCAAAAAAUGCCUGUUGGUGUUCCAAAGAUACUAUGAACUGAUCAGGCAUCAAAAGACUCAUUGCUUCAAAGAAGAAGACGCUAAACGGUCUGCUCAAGCUCAGGCUGCAGCUGCGCAAAUAGCUGCGGUUCUCAGCUCUGAAGAUUCGAACUCAAGUACUACCGUAGAGCAAUCUCAACAGCAUCAGACAACACCUCAGCAGCAUCAACUCCCUGCUCAAUCAGGAAUGCAACAACAGCAGCAGCAACCUGUACAGCAGAAUCCGCAACAUAGUCCUUCCUCUCAGCCAAAUCCUCCAACUACUCCGACUCCAACUCAGAGCCAAAGCAGUUUUGCUCCCACAUCUCCGUCUCCGUCAGAAACGAAGGAAGGAACUUUCCAAUGCGACAAGUGUAACCUAGUUUUCCCACGGUUCGAACUCUGGAGGGAACAUCAGCUAGUUCAUUUAAUGAAUCCUAAUCUAUUUCCACCUUCAUACCCACCAGAUUCCCCAUUCGGCAUUCUGCAGCAACAUGCUCAGCUUCAACAACUUAAUUCAAACCUAGGAGAGUUGACUAAGCCACAGAAUAGUACUCCUCAACCAAAUAUACCACAUCCUCUUAUCAACAUGUUAAAUAAUGUUACUGGACAAAAGAGGAAGGUGGAAGAGUUUGAAGGCGAAAGUGAUACAUCUGAUCAGCCAAAGGACAAAAGAUUGAGGACUACUAUCUUACCUGAACAACUUGACUAUUUAUAUCAAAAGUACCAAAUUGAAAGCAAUCCUUCGAGGAAAAUGUUAGAGAACAUAGCCAGAGAGGUUGGACUGAAGAAACGCGUGGUUCAAGUAUGGUUUCAAAACACCAGGGCUAGAGAGAGGAAAGGACAAUUCAGAGCGCAUGCUCAAGUGAUCAACAAACGAUGCCCCUUCUGUCCGGCAUUAUUCAAAGUAAAAUCUGCACUAGAAUCUCAUUUAUCUACCAAGCACGCUGAUCAGUGUGCUAGAGGUGAAAUAAACAUCGACGCUUUACCAGACGAAGAAGCUAGUUUAGAAUCUGCGCCUAGUUUGAGCUCUGGAGGUGACAACAAAUUCCAACAACAGCAGAACCCAAACAUGAUGCCACCACUUUUCCCUUCUCUUCAUCCAGAAAUGGAGAGCAACAUCAAAAAGUACUAUGAGGAGAGCAUGAAGAGAUAUAUCAGCGAGCUGCAAGCUCAAGCUUCGUCUUCUAACGGAGACAAGAGCGAAAUCAAGUCUGAAAAGGGGGAAAGUGGUGAGAUACCUCUUGAUCUCUCCAAGCCUGUAGAUCUGUCGAGACCUGUAAAGGUGUCCAUGGACCACGAGCGCAGUAUGUGUGAUCCAGGACCUCUAACCGAUCUAAGCGAAAGAUCCCUAUGCGAUGAAAGAAGCGAUUCCAUGUCCGAAACCACUGAGUUUUUUGAUGAUGAAAGCAACCCUACAUCACCUGCCAGUAGCACACAAAGUAAUUCUCAACGACAAGCGAAUAACAGUGGCAACUCGUCAGGUGGUGCCAAGAGGUUUCGGACUCAAAUGUCUGCAGUUCAAGUCAAAGUGAUGAAGACGUUGUUUCAUGACUACAAGACACCCACGAUGGCUGAAUGCGAGAGUUUGGGAAGGGAAAUAGGGUUGCCAAAACGAGUAAUACAAGUAUGGUUUCAAAACGCGAGAGCCAAAGAAAAGAAGAGCAAAAUGGCGUUGCAGAAAGCUUUGGGCCAACCUGAAUCAGACAAUCCUCCAAUGCCGGAAGACUGCAAAUACUGUAACUUCAAGUACUCACACAAGUACUCGAUCCAAGACCACAUAUUCACCAAGGGUCACAUUGGUAAUGUCAGAGCUCACCUGGAGAGCCAGCAAAACAAGGAGCAGCUGGGUGCCGAAGGAGAGUUCACGGUUCCUCCGCUUCCUGGAGCAUCUGGUACAGUCAACGCGGACUCCACGACAAGUCCACAGCAAAGCAUGAAUAACAACACUCACCUGCAGCUUCUGCAGAUGGCUGGAGUGCAGUCCAUUAAGCGGGAGCAAGACGAGAGUUCGGAAAACCUGUUCCAGCAACUGUAUGCCCUGGGGAACAACGCCAACUUCGGGGUGCAGAACCAGUACGUCCAUCAUGCGAUGUUUGGAGCUAAUGGUGAGUAA